AUGAGGCUUCUCCUGGAGCCAGCCCUAACAGAGCCUCAGUGCCGUGCUCUCAUUGUCCUAAUCGAUUUACACAGCAUUGACACGAGGAUCAAAGCCUCUGGGCUGAAGCUGCAGCUGUGCACCAACGAGACGCAGGCGACGCGGGAGAGUUUCGUGAGGAAGCUGCGGGCGCUGGGCUUCGACAUCUCGGUGUCGCAGGUGAUCUUGUCCCUGAAUUUGCUGAGAUUGAUAAGACAAACCCAAACUGUGUGGUUCUUGGAGAUGCAGCAGAGAACUUCACCUACGCCAACCUUAAUGAGGCUUUCCGACUUCUGAUUGGGAUGGAGAAGCCUGUUCUGAUCUCCCUUGGAAAAGGACGCUACUAUAAAGAAACUGAUGGGCUGAAACUUGAUGUUGGAGCAUAUAUGAAGGCACUGGAGUAUGCUUGUGAUAUCCAGGCUGAGGUGGUGGGGAAACCAUCCAAAAGGUUUUUUGAGUCAGCCCUGGCAGAACUGGGAGUUCCACCAGAGCAGGCCAUCAUGAUCGGGGAUGACAUUGUGAAUGAUGUCGGGGGAGCCCAGCAGUGCGGGAUGCGAGCGCUGCAGGUGCGGACGGGCAAGUUCAGGCCGUCCGAUGAAAACCACCCCGAGGUGAAGCCUGAUGCCUACGUGAACAACCUGGCUGAGGCUGUGGACAUCAUCCUGCAGGAGAUGUAAAUCCCAGCAGGAGCAGGGAUGAGCCCUCACAUGCAGCCCCUCCAUGGAACCACUUCAUCCUCUCCCACCUCCAUCUCACCUGAAUAAACCCAGCCCAGCCUUGUUCAGGGUGGUGGGCACUUGCCUUCUGAAAUAUUUCACAUAAUGGUACUAAGAUGAUCUCCUGACCUCCCACCCAAGGGAACACCAAGCCUGCUGUCCUCUGGCAAGUCUUGACUGCCCUGCCCUUGGUGCCUGUGAGGGGCCUCAGCCUCCUCUGGGUGAUGCUGGGGGGCUGUUCCCCCUUUUUUAUCUUUGCUCACAUUGGGGAGGUGGGAAACAGGGAGCCUGGGCACCCCCUCCUGAAUGGAUUUACCUGUUUAACCCCCAUGUCCUGUGCCUUUUGGGGUUCUUGUGUGGAAUGGGGGAUGUCCUUGGGGGCUGAUGGAGGCCACCAAGCUCCUGUGUGUGCCUCAGGUGGCACAAAAGCCCUGGGGAGGGGACAGCCCCACGUGCCCUGGCAAGGCAGGAGCUGUGGUUCUGCCAGGACCAGCCCGUCUGGAGCAGCCCCAGGAGGGGGCACAGGAAUCAGUAACACAUUAGGGAAUAACUGCACCAUCCUGUCAGGAAUAAACCCUGUCCUUUGGAUCUGG